AUGACACAAUCAUCAUUAUCAUCCUUUCAGAGCAUUUGGCUUCUCCUUGUCACUCUCUUCCUUUCCUUUCUCUCGUAUCAUGUUCUCAUUCAACAACGAUCAGAAAUUGAUCAAUUGAAAAAACAAGCCUCCUUUCAUCGUAAUUUAUGGAAGCAAUGGUUUGAGUUCGGAAUGAAACAACGAGGAGUACAAGUGCGUGGAGAACGUCCCAUACAAAAAGCAAGUACCACCACAACCACCACCACAGCCAAUACGACUCCAUCUGUUACAUUACAAGCCCUUCCUGAUGGAUGUCGAGACGAAGCACUGUAUAGACAAUUCCUUCUUGAAAUGGAAUCUUACUUUUGGAAUAGAAUUGCACAAGAGGAGAAACGAAAUGUAUAUUUAUAUUGUAAUUAUAUGGCGAGUACCAGUAGCCAUAGCACAGUGGAUGAUGUGAGUGCCUACUCGAGUAGUAGAAGUAAUACCUUCUUUUCAAAAUCUUCAUGUGAACAAUUUGUCAAAUUUUUGCAACAUGAAUUACCUCACUUUAAUUACACCAUUCUAGGACGAGAGGAGAGAGUAUUAGCAAGUGAAAAUGAUUAUGUUUUAAAUGUUGUGAAUAGUAUGGAAGGAUUGAAACAAUUGAAAGAUGUCUCUGGACGAUUGAUUGCCUUAAUUUUGGGCGAUUGCUCACAAGUGAUUGAAGUGAAGGAUUCUGAUGUGGCCACUGUGUUGGAAAAUAAUUAUUUGGUAAAAUUUAGAACAGUGACACCCACGACACAAUCCAAUGAUUUUGGAAUCAAAACAUGUGAUGACUCUGUGUUAAAGUUGAAUUACUAUGUCAUGAAGCAACAAGAACAACAACAUGAGGAAAGAAAGCACUACACAAAAUUAAAAGAAUGA